GAUGACUCCGCGCAUUUCACAGCGAAUCCGUUGAGAAAGAUCACUCCAUCGUUUAAAGGACUUUGUUCACUUUCAAAUUUUCAUUUUUCGCCACAAACAGUUUACGAAAAUAUUGAUUUAGAGUCUAUAGUUGAACCUUUAGAAAAUCUGCUGACUUCUCUCACUUUCUGUGCUCAAAAUAACGCCGUCCCAUCCUCCAUCAACGAAGACAUGGAUAUUCGCCUCACUUCUAUUGCGAAACGACUAGCUUUACAGAGCAUUCAAUUGACUUCUUUCAUACCAUUGAUCAAAUCCAUAAUAUCUAAUGCCACAGACAUUGAAGUUUGGGAUGAAGUGACCGAACUUGUCGACACCCACGAGCCUAUGCAAUCGCCUGAGACGAAUGUUCCUUCUGCAAAACAAGGCGAUGCGCGUCGCAGGCGGUGUACGGCCACAUACGAAGGAGCCGACCAGAUCAUGGAUACUUUGAAAGGAGCGCUUCGUACUGAGCUGGCCGGUACUAUUUUCGAAAAUGUCGGUGGGUUUUAUGCAAAGUAUUUUGAAGGGACAACAUGGGCAGGCCAGUGUAGGGAGAUCGCAAAGCGCUACGAGAAUAGGCCAGACAAAUCGACGUUCAAGUUUCCCAAAGACCCAACUGAGAAGAAUGUCUGGCAAUGGAUAAAGGCGGUCCAAGCUGAGUUCAUCGAGCCGUACAAACCCGAUGAAUCUUGUGAAAGUAAGGACAACUUUCCCCUUCGAGCCGACGCAUUCCAUACGACGGGACCCGGACAGAUCGACGGAGGAUUAGCAAUACGACAGAUUGAUAUCUUCAUCAAGAGUCGAGAAAAAGCUGCCAAAGCUCAUGAUUGGCGGGAUAUCCUUGUUCUGGGAGAGCUGACUGAGCUAUCUUCUGCACAGUGGGUCGACAAGUUUCUCCAGCUCUCGGUCUAUAUGCGGGAGAUAUUUUCGGCCCAGCCACUGCGGCAAUUUGCGCACGGGUUUCUCAUGUUUGGGACGCAACUGCAGUUGUGGAUCUCGUGGAGAGCAGUCGGCCGACUGUCAGAAGUUGAACUUUUGAUGAGAGCACGGAACGUGAGGGAUGUGGCAUCACUGAUUGGAUCGCGAGAUGUGAUCAAGAUUAGUGACCUACGAAGUGGACUAACUUUCACUCAGAAUAUGAAUAAAGAAAUUCAUCCAAUCGAGGUCAAAAUGACAACAGCCGGUAGUUCACUAAAACUAGGGUCAUCCAGACCGGAUAGGAACGUUGAGUUAAGUAAGGGUGUCAAACGUGAUAGCGAGUCGGUUGCCGGUGGAGCCAACAAAAAAUUACGGAGAAGCGAAAGAUCGUGUGUCUUGAGUAUUUCAAGACAAGCUCUAUAUAAUGCAGCAACAGCGCGAGUAUGCAAAAAUGGCAAUUCGACUGGCUCGCGAAAGAAACCUUUAUCUAAAACCGCUCCCGAUCCUACGAUAACCGACGCCAAUCCCGUGACUCAAGAUUUGGCUCAAGAUGAAAGUAGUAACAGUCUCGACGAAGGAUCGAACUCGUCUUUGGGAAAAAGAUCCAGGAAUGUAGACGAGACUGAUGCUGAAGUCCAGACUGAGUCGGAGCCCCAAAUGAAGAGACUUUGCAUAUCGAGAAAUUUCGGGGAAAUUUUGGAACCCGCAGCUAACACUAACAUCAAUGAGACCAAGAAUCAUGCAAGACCUGCGAAAGAACGGGAUGUUGAAAAUGCAGAACCGGUCCCAGCAAUCAGUAACGCGGACAUUAUCAUGACGGACGAUUCAUUGGUCUACCGGAAUCGUUGGGAAACAGUCGUUGCUGCUGGGCCCUUCGGUCGAGCCAUCGGCGAGGAGACAACUGCUGUGGAACUUAUCUGCGGGCUACGUGAUGCAAUUAAGGGUCAUCAAUCGCUCUAUAUGGACACGAAUAUAUUGCAUCGCGAUAUCUCGACAAACAACAUCAUAUUGACUAACCCGAAGCGAAAUAAUGGUUGUCAUGGGAUGCUGAUUGACCUAGAUCUAGCAAUAUUGCGAACAGACAACAACUGUUCUGAGAAUGCUAAAGCGUUGACCGGCACUAUGGAGCUCUUGGCACUUGGGCUCUUAGAGGAAUAUGCAUUACCAUCUAACAAAGGGAUUUUCAAUACUUAUCGUCACGAUCUGGAGUCAUUCUUCUUUGUGCUAAUUUCAGUAUUCAUACGAUUUGGGUGGGGGCCGAAAAAGUCACCUCAUCUCGGCAUGUUGAGGAAGUGGUAUAAAGGAGAAGCCAAGGAUAUGCUCUUUAACAAAUCAGGAGCCAUUUCUAUGACUUACUUCGAGAAGAAUACGCUAGAUGCAUUCUCGUCGAGAUUCGAAUGUUUGAAAGACCUUGGUAGAAAGCUGUGCAAGAUUUUGUCUGAACGACAAAAUGCCUUUUUUUUUUUUUUUUUUGUAUUCAUUGUCCUGAUUUGGCGCCCUAUGGGCCCAUGCAGGUGGCUAUAA